AUGACGAACUCAAUGGGUCCUCCACCUCCCAAAAACCCUAAUCCUCAACCACAAACCCUAACUCCAUCACCUCCUCCUCCAAACUCCGAUUCUCACUCAUCCCCAUCCACCCCCGAACCACCGCCACCGUCCGAUUCCACCGCCAAUUCAUCACUAUCCGAGCCACCACCGCUGUUCCAUUCCACUGAUACUCAAACCCCCAAACCCUCUCAAGGUAUAGCGGUUCCGUAUAAGAUUCCGGCUUGGAGUUCUGCUCCUUGCCAUGAAUUCUACCUCGAGGUUCUCAAGGAUGGUUCAAUCAUCGACAAAUUUAACGUGCAUGAAAAAGGUGCAUAUAUGUUUGGGCGUUUGGAUCUCUGUGACUUUGUGCUCGAACACCCAACUAUUUCUAGGUUUCAUGCUGUUAUGCAGUUUAAGAGAAGAGGAGAUGCAUAUCUCUAUGAUCUGGGGAGUACUCAUGGCACCUUUUUGAACAAAAAUCAGGUGGAGAAAAACACAUACAUUGAUUUGCGUGUUGGUGAUGUCAUUCGGUUUGGCCGGUCAACUCGGAUGUUCAUUUUUCAAGGACCGUCAGAAUUGAUGCCUCCUGAGGCUAAUAUAAAACUUAAGAGAGAAAUUAAAUUGCGGGAAGCAUUGCUAGAUAGGGAAACUUCGCUUCGUCGAGCAAAGAUGGAAGCAUCUGCUGCUGAGGGUAUAUCGUGGGGUAUGGGGGAGGAUGCCAUUGAAGAAGAUGAGGAUGAUGUUGAAGAAAUAACGUGGCAGUCAUAUAAAGGGCAGCUUACAGAAAAACAGGAAAAAACCCGUGAGAAAAUAAUAAAAAGAACGGAAAAGAUUUCUAACAUGAAGAAAGAAAUAAAUUCUAUACGUGUUAAAGACAUUUCUCAGGGUGGAUUAACUCAGGGUCAACAGACUCAAAUUGCUAGGAAUGAGCAAAGAAUGGCAGAGAUAAUGGAAGAACUUGAAAAUUUGGAAGAAACACUGAAUGAUAGUAUUCGAGAAAGUUUAGGUGCACGUACAGGAAAGCUACCUCAUGGGAAGAAGAAAGGUGCAGUGGAAGAUGAAGAAGAAUAUUUUAGUGACGACGAUGAUGAAUUUUAUGACCGUACAAAGAAAAAACCCUCUCAAAAGAAGCCUGGUGACCAGUCAAUCGAGACUGCUGAUACUCUUCUUGAUAAGAGAGAUACUAUCAUGAAGGAAAUAAAUGACACGAAAGAGUUGCUCAUGACUGAGAAGAACAAAGUGUUAUCAGAGACAAAGAGUACCACACAGGAUGAUGUCGGUGAUUCACUUGAUGCUUACAUGUCUGGACUUUCAUCUCAACUAGUUUAUGAUAAAAGUGCGCAGCUUGAGAAGGAAUUAUCAACUCUUCAGUCCGAGCUAGAUAGGAUAUCCUACCUCUUGAAGAUUGCUGACCCAACGGGAGAUGCUUCCAAGAAAAGGGAGUUCAAAGCACGAGAGCCCAAACCAAUAAACCCCGAAGAAGUUGCCUCUACUAUCAAGAUGAAACCGCCGGCAGAAGCCCAGAAAAACAGUGAGCCUUGUGCCAAGACAGACGACAAUAAACGACAUGUAGAAACCAAGAAAACUAGUGAUGCUUGUGUUAAGGCAAAUGACGAUAAACCACAUGCGGAAACCCAGAAAAUUAGUGAUGCUUGUGUUAAGGUAGACGGCUCCAUAAAAGGAGAGGAACCUGCAGCUACAAUUGUGGCUUUGGAAAAGUCACAACCUGGCCAUGACAAGUCAGAGACUGAUAAUGCUGUAUUUGUUGUCCCAAAGCCCCAGUGGCUUGGAGCUGUAGAGGACAGGGUUACAGAUGAUAAGCAACAGCUGACGACCUCUCUUCAUCCGCCGGAGAUGGACGAAUCAGGUAAGUUUGUUGACUAUAAGGACAGAAACAAAAUUUUGGGCGGUAAUGAUGUUGAAAGCACUUCAUUGGAGUCUAGAAUUGAGUCUGCUGCUCCUGGACUAAUUUUAAGAAAACGGAAGCAAGUCGAGACAAUUGGAACAAGCAGUAGUGUUGCCUCUCAGCAAUCGACAUCUUCCACCUCAGGCGAACAAAUGGCUGAGGAUGCCGUGGCUCUAUUAUUAAAAUACAAAAGGGGACUAUAUGCUGCUGAUGACAAUGAUGGAAGAGAUGAAAUCCAAGAGAAGAAGCCUAAAAGAGUACUUGGGCCUGAAAAACCAUCGUUUUUAAGCGAUGACACAGAUAAUUCAACAUGGGUUCCUCCAAAAGGACAAUCGGGCGAUGGACGGACUUCUUUGAAUGAUAAAUAUGGAUACUGA